AUGGAAUCGGAGGCCCCCUCUUCCGCAGUUUCCCCGGCGCAGGAGAAGCCCCUGACCUCGUCGGGCUCUGCCAUUGCUGGCGCACUCGCCGCCUCCCUUGAGGAGACGGAGCCCGUGCCGUCGGCUUCAUCCCCGGUGUCCGAGCCAGACGAGUUUCUGAGCGACGAGGAAGAACCCGAGCCCGUCCCGGAGAACAAGCCUGCUGCUGCUAUCGAGGAAGAGAACUCAACGUCCGAUUCCAACCACGAGGACGCUCCGUCGCGCGUCGUCGUCGACAAAAAUCCAGACACCGCGCCUGAAUCAUCUCUUUCCAAGGACGAAGCCACAGUUGCCGAUGUCGACGCUGAUUGGAAAGCUUUGUCGACACGGGCUGUCGAGUCCGAAUCCCUUCUCUCUCAGCAAGGUUUAGUGAACGGAGGUGAUGGCGCCCUCGAUGAGGACGCGGACGACGGCGACGAGAAGAAAUCUAUUCAAGAGGUGGAAGGAGGUGCUAAGGCAGAUAGUCUGGAAGGGGUUCCAGAUGAAAACUCUAAAUUGAAGGUGAAUCGUGAUGGAUUGUCAAGUAACGUUAACGAAGGCAAAAACUUGCUCAAGGGGGACGAAGAUGGCAAAGAUGGUGGCCUUCAUGACAAUCUCGUGCUCGAUGGGGCUGCUGCUGUGGAGAGUGAACACGCUGACACAGGCGAUGGGGAUAAGGAAGGAACUGCCCCUGUUGCUGAAGCUGUUCAGGACUUGGAUGCAGAGAAAAUUCUGUCCAGAAUUGGGGUUACCACCUGGGGGGUGGAGGAGGAGCCUACUAUUUGUGAGGAGAGUAAGUCUACAGAGAAAGGAAGGAGUGUUGCUCAAGCGGAGGACUUGAAGCAUGAAGAAGACUCUGCAGUUACCGUGCAGGAAAAUGGAGAUGACCAUGAUGGUGAUUCUGAUGAUAAUUUUGAAAGAGUUACUCCUACCAUGGCUGAUGGCCAGGAAUUUCAAGUAGCUGACACACAGGAGAGUCCUGGGCAUGACUCCACCGAAACGAAAGAAAUUAUUGAGAAUGUUGAGAAAGAUGAAGCACCGCAGGUGGUAGAUGUCUCACUGGGCUCCAGGGAAUCUGAACAUUCAGAGCAGAAGCCUGGAAACUUUGACAGAGAUAAUGAUGUUGAUGAAAUCGUUCCCUUUCAGCCCAUUGCUGGGGGAGAUGCAACUGAGCAAACCUCGGCUGAACUGCAGCUGAAGCCCAAGGAUGCUGAGACGGUUUCUGCCAAUGAAUGGGAUGCUAGGUAUCCAGAAAAUGAGCAACCACUUGCAGCCAGUGAGGAACCUUUGAAAUCUAAUGUUUCUGGCAGUGAAAAAGCAUGUGUCUUUCAUAUUUCUGAUUCUUCGGAAGUUACUGCCCAUGCAGAAUAUGCAGGUUUGAUUAAUGGGGGAGAAGUAAAUGACAAAGAAGAAGAAGAAGAAGAAGAAGAAGAAGAAGAAGAGGAAGAGAAAGAUGAAGAAGAAGAAGAAGAAGAAGAAGGAAAAGAGGGCUUGCCCUUGGAUGGGCCUUCUAAGGUUUCUAUUCUGGGAAGCUCCGAAAUUGUCAGACGGAUAAUGAAAGAGCUGGAUGAAGGGUCUUCAGGUCCCAGUUCCGAUUUCAGGAGCUCUCAGGACUAUGGAAAUCAAAUGGACGGACAGAUUGUCUCUGAUUCUGAAGAAGAGGUGGACACUGAUGGAGAGGGAGAAGGAAAAGAAUUAUUUGAUUCUGCUGCAUUGACUGCUCUCUUGAAAGCUGCCUCUGGUGCUUCCUCCGAUGGUACUAUCACCAUCUCCGCUGAAGACGCGGCCAGGACGUUUUCUAUUGAGCGUCCUGCUGGCUUGGGGUCCUCAAUCCCAUCCCUAAAACCGGCACCUGCCCGCUCAAUCAGGGCAAACCUCUUUUCUCCUUCUGACCUUGCAGUACCCGGAGAACCAGAGAACGCCAUGGACGAGGAAGACAAGAAGUUGCAGGAGAAGGUCGACCAGAUAAGGGUCAAAUUCCUGCGCCUCGUCCACAGACUGGGCCAGUCUCCCGAUGACAGAGUGGCAUCGCAGGUGCUCUACCGUCUGGGUCUUGCAGAGGGGAUCAAGCGUGGCAGGCAGAUAGGUCGGGGAUUCAGCCUUGAGAAUGCAAAGAAGAAAGCUCUCCAGCUUGAAGAAGAUGGAAAUGAACCUCUGGAUUUCUCCUGCAACAUCCUCAUCAUUGGGAAAACCGGAGUAGGUAAGAGCGCGACCAUCAACUCAAUCUUCGGUGAAGAAAAAGUACCCACGAAUGCAUUUGAAUCUUCGACUACAUCCGUUAAAGAGAUUGUUGGCACCGUAGACGGCAUCAAGGUUUGUGUCACUGACACCCCUGGUCUCAGACCUUCUGUCAUGGACCAAACUGCAAAUAAGAGGAUCUUGGAAUCCAUCAAGAAGUACACCAAAAGAUGCCACCCUGAUAUUGUUCUUUAUGUCGACCGUCUUGACACACAGACCUGGGACUUCAAUGAUUUGCCGCUUCUGAAAUCUAUCACAGCGACCCUGGGCUCAUCCAUCUGGUUCAACGCCAUUGUUGCUCUGACCCAUGCUGCUUCUGCUCCUCCAGACGGGCCCAGUGGGACCCCCCUGAGUUAUGAGGUGUUCAUUGACCAGAGAUCCAGGAUUGUUCAGCAUGCGAUCAGGCAGGCUGCCGGUGACAUGAGAUUGAUGAAUCCCGUGGCACUAGUCGAGAAUCAUCCUUUGUGUAGGAGGAACAGGGAAGGGCAGAGGAUCCUUCCCAAUGGCCUGAGCUGGAGGCAGCAGAUGCUACUUCUGUGCUACUCUUCAAAGAUCUUGUCUGAAGCUAAUUCUCUUCUCAAGCUUCAAGAACCGUCCCCUGGGAAGCUGUUCGGCUUCCGUGUGCGGUCCCCCCCGCUGCCUUUCCUUCUGUCUUCACUCCUGCAGUCUCGGGCCCAUCCAAAGCUGGCAGCUGACAAUGGAGGCGACAACGGCGAUUCUGACAUUGAUCUGGGCGACUUGUCGGACUCCGACCAGGAGGAAGCAAAUGAGUACGAUCAGCUACCGCCAUUCAAGCCACUGAGGAAAGCCCAGCUCGCCAAGCUCACCAAUGAACAGCGCAAGGCGUAUUACGACGAAUACGACUAUCGUGUGAAGCUCCUCCAGAAGAAACAGUGGAAGGAGGAGAUCAGGAGGCUGAAGGAGCUGAAGAAGAUGGGAAAGAAAGGUGAAGAUGAAGCAUUCGGAGACAUGGCCGACGACUACGACCAGGACGGAGCUCCGGCCGCUGUGCCCGUCCCACUGCCAGACAUGGUCCUGCCGCCCUCCUUUGAUUCUGACAAUCCGGCUUACCGUUUCCGCUUCCUCGAGCCGACAUCUCAGCUGCUCGCGCGCCCUGUCUUGGACACGCAUGGUUGGGACCAUGACUGUGGAUAUGACGGAGUCAGCCUUGAAGAGAGCCUCGCGAUCGCCAGCUGCUACCCAGCAGCUUUUUCCCUCCAGAUAACAAAGGACAAGAAGGAAUUCAACGUCCACUUGGACUCCUCGGUCUCUGCCAAACACGGGGAGACUGGGUCAACGCUGGCGGGAUUUGACAUUCAGUCUGUUGGUAAGCAGCUCGCCUACAUCCUCAGGAGUGAGACCAAGUACAGGACCUUCAAGAAGAACAAGACUGCUGCUGGAGUAUCGUUGACUUUCCUGGGGGAGAAUGUGGCCACCGGAUUGAAGAUCGAGGACCAGCUCCUGGUGGGGAAGCGUCUUGGCCUUGUUGGUACCUCUGGUGCUGUCCGUGCGCAGGGUGAUGUGGCGUACGGUGCCAACCUGGAGGUCCGCCUCCGGGACAAGGACUUCCCCAUAAGCCAGGAUGUGUCCACGCUGGGGCUGUCUCUGAUGAGGUGGCGUGGUGACCUGGCGCUGGGUGCCAACUUGCAGUCACAGGUGUCUGUCGGCCGCGGUUCCAAGGUGGCAGUCCGAGUCGGCCUGAAUAAUAAGCUCAGCGGGCAGAUCACCGUCAGGACGAGCACCUCCGAUCAACUUCAGAUCGCCCUCUUGGGCCUUGUCCCGAUUGCCACCUCCGUCUACAGGAGUUUCUGGUCUGUGGAGUCCUACUGA